CGGAGUGUACAUUGCAAGGCCACAUGGAGCAAAGGAUAGUUUAUACAUGUGUGAUCUGAUUCAGCAGAACGAGCGAGAUAAACCGCCUACAUGCACUACAUACUGACAGAACACAGACACACACACAUACACACACACAUGCAGAGAUAUAGUGUAGACAGUUAGCUAGUCAUAUUCACAUCAGUUUGUAGUUGACUGUGGAGAGUGUGAGAGUGUGUGGAGUGUCAUUGUCUACCACCCUACCGAUCACACACACACACACACACACAAAGCUGGUCCAGCUGUUCCCCUGGGUUGCCAUUAGUAGUUAAUAGCAUCAGGGAUGAGAGUGUCAGAGAGAGAGGCUUUGGGGCGAGCAACAGUGGAAAACCUGCAGAAAUGAUGUCAGAGUGACCGCGUCCACCAAUUGGAGUGGAGAUUCCCGGUGAGAGGCUAUAAAACAGUGAAAGACAACACCAGGAACAAGCAAAGGGAGGGAAACUCUGAACGUGAGAAAUUCCAGGAACUCUGACUGUCCGUCCUGUCCUGCGCCGCCCGCCGCUGCCACUGCCGCUGCCACAGAGCUGAGGAGAAAGAUGCUGGGCUGUAGUUGUGUGCUGCUUUCCUGUCUACUGACAGUGACGCUGUUCCACUGCAGUGCUGAAAGCCUCCGCCUGACCCAAGAAAACCCAGAGUAUGUGGCACCUGCUCAAACGGAGAACCACGGUAGUCAGCAUGGUGGUCCAGUUGUGCAGAAGGCUUCAGGGUCAGUCAACGCUAAGCUGCUCCUCCUGGACCAGCUGCUCCGCCUGGAGAAUGACGUCAUCGAGACCAAGAGAAAGAGGAGCUUCUCCGGCUCCAGCGCACCACUGGACCGCCUGUCCAUCAGCACCAUGGACCCCAAGAGCAACAAGCAGAGGAAGGUGGUUGAGUUGCCAAGGCGAAGGGUGACCAUUCCCAUUGAUCGAAUUGGGGUCGGCCGUCUUCCUAAUAGUAGGGGAUAGACCCCACCUUAGACCACACCCUCAUAUAUAGGGGGCACUCCGCAGGUAGAGGAUGCAUGAACAGCACUUAAGUUACAACUUACACUUAAUCAUCACACCACUGUCCAUAAUCACAAUAUUACUGUCAUGUCAUUAUAGCUGUACAACCUUCAACCUUCUCUACACUUCUCUGCAUUUCAGCUCCCAUAUUUUCAGCUCCCAUUCUGAAGCAAAACUUUAUUCAGCAUCUUACAGUAGGUAACAUAAUCCUCCAGGACGUACUGUCAGCUUCUUAGCUGAGACAUAUUAUAUCCAGUCUAUAGCCCUGCAGAGUAGUGCAGUGAUUCAGAAAACACUUUAAAAAUAAAGAUGCUACAAAGGAUUCCUUGAGUGUCAUAGAUUAUAUAGAGAUGGGUGGAUGGGUGGUUGAACAGAUAGAUAGAUAGAUAGAUAGAUAGAUAGAUAGAUAGAUAGAUAGAUAGAUAGAUAGAUAGAUAGAUAGAUAGAUAGAUAGAUAGAUAGAUAGAUAGAUAGAUAGAUAGAUAGAUAGAUAGACAAACAAUCUCCCAAUUUAUUUUCCAAUUUAGCCUCAAACUGUCAGACAAUUAAACUGAUAAACAUUACACUGACCCUUUUUUUGCCCACAAUAAAGCUGUUAAUCUUGCUGUUUAGCAGAGCAUGUAGCCAAAAAUGGGAGCAAACCAUUGACUAGCCAUUCAUGUAACUUGCCUUUAUCAGCUCUUUUCUACUUCUCAUUGAAAACACUCUUUAGGUCCUUACCUUCUUUUGCGAAGGCUUGCUGAUAUCUGCCACUCACUUUACACCAGCAAUUUACCACCAGCGAUCCUCUAGAGAAAGAAAAUAAUCUACUGGAGAAUGUGCUCAGGGUUUAUCAAACACUAGAGGGUGCUCUCACCUAAGUCCAAAUAAAUGGGUUCAUUGUAGCAACUGAGCAAAAUAAGAGUUUAUAAAUGUUUAAACAUUUUAAUACUGAAAGAUUUACUCAUUGUCUCAACACAGAACAAUAUAAAUAUGUUUCAGUAAUGCAGACCGUUUUUAAAGCUGUACUUUAGCAUCAGCUCACCAACCAGUCUGCACUCAGUAGCAAUAAUGCUAACGUCUCUACUGCCUAAAUCCCAUUUGCUGUAGUAAAAUGAAAAUAUAGAGUUAAGUUUUCUUAGCUUUUUUAAUGAGAUGUUUAUAUAUAUGUUAUAUAAUUUUAUUUCAGAUUUUUUCCCAUUUUCUCCCAAUUUGGAUAUCCAAUUGUCCCACCCCUUUGUGCGUCCCCAUCACCAGUGGCACUUGCGACCCUUGGAGGAUGCAGACGAGCACACGCCUCCUCCGACACGUGUGAAGUCAAUCACCCCUUUUUUCGAGCUGCUGCGGAUGAAUCAUUGCCUGAGCAGCUAGCGCGCUCGGAGGAAAGCACAGCGGCCAGGUUCCGAUUCAUCCGCUCACAGACGCCUCGUGCCGCUCAGCGCCACCUUAAGUGUGAUGGGGAGAGAGCGCCAUCUACCCACCCCAGAGAGAGCAGAGCCAAUUUUGCUCCCUCUGAGCGCCGGCAGCUGAUGGCAAAGCUGCAUGAGCAGGGGUUCGAACCUGCGACCUCCAGCUCAUAGUGGCAGCGCUUUAGACCGCUGGACCACUCGGCGCCCCUAAUAAGAUGUUUUAAAAAAAUAAAUAAAAAAUAUCUAAAACAAGUAGAUAAACACUAUUUUAACUCUGGUGCUGUACUGGUACUGUAUCCGUCCAUAUAGGAGUGUAGCCUUAGCUCUCCAGGUUUAGCUUUAACUAUAAAUUGCCACGUUUAGCCUUACCUUUAUCACUUUAUUACUUUAUCAGGUUGCUCAGGCUUGAAGAGAGGGCUGAUCCAUGUUAGCACUUUGAUUGGCCAGGGGUAUGAUGAUGUAUUAUGAAUUCAAAAUGUUCUUCUGUGACAUCACUAUAAGAACACUUUGUAGCAUCUUAAUUUGUGAGAGUGUACCUGAACAGUAGUCUCAGUAUGUCCACUAUACAGCACUCUCACACAGUGCCUUCACAAAAUGUCAUAUUAGCUUUCUAUCAUAUGCUUUAAAUACCAAACUGUACUUUAGUCAUAAUGCCACUGCUGCAGUUCUACUUUUCUCAUUUUACCACACACACACACACACACACACACACACACACACACACACACACAUAUAUAUUGUAUACUGAUCUGACUGAAGGCAGAUCACUAAUCCUGCCUUAACAUUAAACUGGAUGAAACAUG